UGAACCGCAGAGGAAGAACUGUGAGAACUGUUGCUCUGGAGUUAAACUUGCUGAAUGACAGCAGUGGAAAGUCCGCAGCUUUUGUUGCUUGGGAACCGUUGUCCUUCCUCGGCCGCGUGCUCGCAGCGUUUCCGACACCAACUCUGAACAUCGACAUCAAAAAUGCGGGAUCGAACAAAAGAGUUAGAUAAUAAAGCCGAGGCCUCAGAUGAGGAGAACGAGGAGAAAACGGCUUUGAUGAGCAAACCUGGCAGCUCUUCAACAAAGGAAGAUAAGGAGAAUGAGGCUUUUUUCAAAAAGGUGCAAGAAAUCCACGAGGGGUUGCAGAACUUAAAGAGGAUGGUGUCAGAGCUGGAGAACAAACAGAAGACGGUGCUGGGCGUGGCGCUGCCAGAGGAGAGUAUGAAGAAAGAGCUUCAAACUCUUCGAGAAGAGAUCAAAAUAUUAGCGAGCCAGAUCCAGAGGAAGCUGAAAAGUAUUGAAUCCAAAAAGUCGGACGAUGAUGGCAAAUAUAUUCCCAUAAAUGUCCGGAUGCAGCGCACUCAGCAUGCCAUACUUUCCAAGGAGUUUGUGGAGCUAAUGGGCCACUGCAACACCAUCCAGGCCAAGUACAGAGAUCGCAACGUGGAGAGAAUACAGAGGCAGCUUAAAAUAACCGGCACAAACGUGACAGAAGAGGAACUGGACACGAUGCUUCAAAACGGCCAAACGGAUGUUUUCACUCAAAAUAUUUUAAAUGAUGCAAAAGCUACUAAACAAGCCCUAAAUGAGAUCGAGUCGCGGCACGAUGAGAUCCUGAAGCUGGAGCGGAGCGUCAGAGACCUGCACGACAUGUUCCAGUACCUCGCCAUGGAGGUGGAGGCUCAGGGAGAGAUGGUCAACAGAAUCGAAGAGAACAUCAAGCAGUCGUCCGACUACGUGGAGAGCGCAGCGAAAAACACGCAACAGGCCGUCACAUAUCAGAACAAAGCUCGCAAGAAAAAACUUUGGAUCGCAAUCUGCUGUGCCAUCCUCCUCCUCAUUAUUGUCAUCGCCGUCGUGUCCACGUUCACAUAGUAAAAGCGGACGCUGACACUGCCUGCAGCAUGUUGGAUACAUAGAAUAUAAAUUAUCUAUACAUUUUUUGUGUGUAAGAGGAGUCCACACAGGUGAAUUUAGUCACUGAACAUUUUUGUUUUCUAUUCCUCACCUUCCAAGUCAUUUUUCUGUAAUGAAGCGUUUUUUUUUUGGGUCAGAUUUUCAGUUAUGUUUGCAUUUUCAUUUCUGUUUAAGGAAGGAGUCUCUUCCUGCAAAACUAACAUACCGUUCCUGAUUUCUUCUGUUUAACCCCCAUUUUUCACAGAAAGACAGAAAGUGAGCUUAAAAAAUGCAGUUGCAGUAUUGAUCUCAGGAAAUCUGUUCACUUUUGUUACGCUUCCACUGUGAAACUGUAAAAAUCAGUUUAACAGGUUUUUAUAAACGGAAAACAGACUAAUAUUGUAAAUAACAGAUUGUGAUCAUACAGAGAUUUUUUUUUAUCUUGAGCAUUUGGACUUCCAAGUGUAAAUAGGGAAAAGUAAAUCCCUUAGCACCAACGAGGCCAACCCCAGUUUGUAUUUAUUAAAACAUUCUAAGCUGCUACUAAAAUGAGUUGUUUCAUAACUAAGCCUUAACUUUUCAGAACUGUGCCUUCUCCAUGCUGUCUACUUAAGAAUGUGAUGCUGAGCACCAACACUGUCAAGAAGGGAUGGAUUUUUGAUCUGUUGUAGCCUCUUAAUAAAGAUUCGGCACAGCUUUCUUUGCCAAACCCUUCUGAGGGUUUCUGUGACCUCCUGACACUCAGACGACCUGCUGAGAGACAAAAUGACAACAUCUAGCUCCAGGUUAGCUGAAGGAGACAACUUUCCCACUGUUCAGCUGUUAAAGCAUUGUAAUAUUUGGUUUUUUAAAUAAAAUACUCUGCCUUUA